CUAGGAGGCUAGGAUACAUGCACUCCAUUAUCACGUUGUCUUACCACCCCAGGGCCCAGGGAUCUCAAUUCCAUUAUUGAGAAGAAUCAACGAGCCAAUGACAGAGAGCACUCUCAGAAUGCUGUUUCCUUUAUUUUGGUGAGGGCUAUCGAAGCAGCCCCCCAUGGCGAGCGGAACCAUCUCCGGUGCCGCCGCCAAAUCCACCAGCCGCCGCUUGGCUUCCAGCCUCAAACCACCGCAUAGGUCGAUAGAUCAGGCCACAAGCUACCGCCCGCACCCUGUCUCGCCCCUCGCCCCAUGUCCCAGUCAUGCUCCCCAGCUCCCCACCUCGCCGGCAAAGCUGUCAGCCAUGGCGCAUUACGGCCUCAAAUCCGCGGUCGCGGGGCCGCCCAAGGCUGGCUCCCUCGCCAAGCAAGUUCGAUUCAGAAUCCCUGCCACAUCCCUCAGCCACUCACGCAGCACCGUCGUGCGUCCCUGGAGAUCGUCUGUCACUGCAAAUCAGCAUUCAAGUCUCCUGUACGAGGCGCCGCUGGAUGCCAGCCUAGGUAAACCUACUGAAGACGAGGUCGAUGGAUGGACAACGGUCCGUUACAGGCGUCACCGGAGGGUCAACACACCUGCGCAUUCAAGCCUCCCAACAACCCGGCACACUGCGCUGCGCUCCCCGGCCAGGGAGGAAUUGAUGGCAAGCUUGAGAGGUAAAUGCAUGCGCUGCUUGUCCAGAGGCCACUUUGCUGCAGAUUGCAGGGAUCCACUGAAAUGCCUCAAGUGUCGAGGUUCAGGUCAUAUGGCUCGGCAGUGCCCUCAGAGAAGUAGUAGCAGCAGCACACCAACCACUCCACCCCCACAUCUCGACGGCCCCUGCUUCCCACCUCUUGUCCAGACCGUCAUGGUGAGGCCCGGCGACCCGGACGCCCGUCCGAAGGAGACGUUCACUGUGGCGGCCUCCUCCCAGGAGAUGGACCGGGAGCUUGACAGUCUGAGCACCCAUGCCGUGGUGGCCUGGCUCGGAGGAGUUCGGCCGGACACAAGCCUUCGCACGGUGACGAGGGCGUUCUGUUCCCAGUUCGGCGUGCGUGCAAACGACAUCAAGGUGGCAGAGCAUUACCCAGAGGACUUCUUCAUCACCUUCACGCACCGUCACCACAGGGAUGCGGCGGUGGCGCAAAGAGACUUCAAAUACGGCAGCAUCGACUUCCGCGUCCGACAGUGGCAGCUUCCAACACAUGGUGAUCACGACGACUUUCAGUACCACGUUCGCCUAUGUCUAGAGGGUAUUCCUCUCCACGCCUGGAAUGAGAGCAUCGCCAAGAGAGCAGUGACAAGAAGCUGUACCCUGGACUAUGUUGAAGAGCAGUCCCUGAGGAAGGAGGACGCGCGAACGCUCAAUCUCUGGGCCUGGACAGUGGAUCCGUCCAACAUCCCAAAGGUAACUUGGUUGACCAUUGUUGGGAGGACAGCACUGGUCCACGAAGGAGAUGCACCACCAGCGGCCCGCAGCGGCUUGACUUUCCGCGUCAUCGUGCACCUGGACUUGGUGGAGGACCCAGCAGGCAGAGGGGGUCGCGCUGCUCCCCGUGCCUACAGCUGGCGGCUCGGCGUCGUUGAUGGGGAGAGCGGGCCUCGGGACCGCCACGACCCGACUCCACCACGCUACAACAACAACAACGGCCGCCGAGACGACGACGACGACAACUACGACAACGAUCGGCAUGGGCGCCACAUCACCAGAGGGAGCAGCUGGAGCUCUCGACUGUUCCGGAGCCUCUCGCGUGCACCCAAGGAGCGGGAGCGGGAGCGGUCGGAGUCGCGCCGUGAGCACUAUCGCGACCGCGGCUAUGGAACGGGUGGGCGUCGACACCAGGCUGACACAUCAAGCAUCAAGGAGCAGCAGAUGACACGUGGACGGAGCCGUGAGCGUCAUCCACGUCGAUUAUCGGGGCGUGCUGCUGCGCGCUCCGAACCACGCCGGCACCGUGCACGCCGAGAUGAAACUCCAACGCGCCGGGUGCCGACAAGCUGUAACCCAGCUUCAGCAAAAUUGAACAGGAAGGACAAGUCUCCACCACCAUCUCCAAAACAGAAGAGCCGCUUCCGUCCAGGUUAUGUGUACCGCCGGCGUCGCAACACAACCUCGGCAGGCACUGUGGGGAACGAAGCCUGGUCGGGUGCACUCUCCGCUCCCUUAGAGGCUGCUGCGACACAUGGCCUAAUAGACGUGUCGCGGGCUUUCAGCCGCAUCCUGGAAUCCUUGCCGCAGGUGCAAGGAGGGUCCAGUUCCCCCCUGUUGCACGGUGCAGAGGAUGCGCUGCAACAGGCGCCGGACAGUGGGGGGCUAUCCUCACCCACUAUUGUAGAGGGGGUGGCAGCAGCCACAUCGACAGCGACCGAUGACUCCGUUCUCAAGACCAUCUUCGUCCCGCCGUCUGCAGCGGUACUGGAAGCGGUGGAGCCGACCGCUGCGCCGGCUGUUCGAAACAACCGUCCACGCAGCUUCAACGUCUCUGCGAAAUUCACCACUCUCUUCAAGGGGCCACUGCCAAAGGAGGUGAUUGCUGCUUUAGAGUCCCUCUUCAACCUGAAUACUGUUGAUGCAGAGCUCGUGGAUGAGGCACUGAUGGAAGCCGCUGGGGACGGUAUUGCAGAAAUCCAAGAGAGUGCGGCGGAGUUGCAGGAAGAGGCCAGGCGCAAUGCCUGCUCAAGCCUGCUGGUGGCUGCUUGACCUACGCAGUGCCACUUUAUUGUGUCUCCUCUAUUGCAACUAUGUUUAGGUUGCCUUUUGUAGAACUGUGGGCUGCGCUCCGCAACUCAGUCCAUGUCACCAAUAGCGGGCUUCUUAAUUCCUGUUCUGUAUGGCUUAGACUCCGAACUGUGGAUGCUAUAAGGGCACUCCCUUCUUCCUGUAGCUGCUGGCUGUCUGCGUUUGCUACAGUUUGUGGAUGGUGUGCUGCUGAUGGGUUGUGUGGCCUUCCUAGUUACUGUUGUGUACUGCUUAGACGCCAAUUUAUGGGUAAUGUGAACACACUUCCUUCUUCAUGCACCUACUGUUAUGUU